GGAGUUUGAGAGGAGGUCACUCUCGGUCACACUGCCGCCAUAUAUGGCCGACCGGAGCUAAUCUCUGGACUCUGGAACCAAGCAAUAAAAAGGAGAAGAGGAGCAGGAGCCAGACACAGCAAGAGACAGAGGUGAGGAGGACAUGAGGAGAGACGGAGAAGGGAGACGCAGCUGAGUCCAGCUGGGAAUAACGCGGGAACAUUCCAGGAGGUCCUGAGACUGGUUUGGAUUCCUGAGCCGGAAGCGACCUUGAGGAGAAGAGAGGGCUGAGAGAGAGACAGAGAGGUGGAAGAUGGACGGAUAGUGCCGGUAGACGAGUGGAGUGCCGUGACGAGCACCCAGCAUGGGCGUGAGCGGCCGGGCCGGCGUGGCCGUCCUGCUUGUGAUCGUCUUCCUCGGCUCCAUGUGGCUCCAGGGGAACUUGCAGGAUUUCUGGCGCCCUUGCUCAAAGGAAUACACCCAAAUACAAACGCCUGGGGGUCUGAACACGUCCGAUGACGGCAGUGGCGAGGAGGUCAUUGAUGGCUUGUUUCUGCGUGAGUGUCCUGGUCAGGAUUUCCAAGUGUCCCAGCUAGUGUCCCACCUCCACUCUGCUUUGGGCCCCGGCACCGACGUCCUGAUGCAGCCCUACCUUUCCAGCUGGGAUGAACUCAUCAAGUUCCUGAACGCCCUGGGCCCAAUGGUGGGGCUGAUAUCCCAGGAGAUUAAGGACAAAACUGGCCUCAUCCGUGAGCUGGCCCAGCAGGACAUGGAGAGUCAGGGGGGCUGCAGCCAGGGGGGCAGGUGUCUAGGUAGUGGGGCUCCUACAAGGGGGCGUGAGACAGACGAGGGGUCGUACCACUCGGUGCGCUCCAUGAUAACUGCGGAGCUGCAGAUUGGCCUUGUGGACUUCCACCAGCUUACAUCCUCAGGCUGCAGGACUCUACUCCGGCUCCACCGCGCCCUGCUCUGGCUCCGCCUCUUUCUGCAGAAGCUGGGAGAGAGCCCACCCCCUGGGAGCCGCGCACGGAGUCCCUCGGACUUGUGCCGCGAGGCCUACCAGGAGAGCCUGUCUCGGCACCACACCUGGCUGGUGCGCCGCGCCGCCGAGCUGGCCUUCAUCGCCAUGCCGGAUAGGAGCUACUUCUUCAGGCUAGUGUGUGUGCAGGACCAGCAGGGGGCAACGUUAGUCCUGAACAAAGUGGUCAGGGCCAUCGCAGAGGUGUAUACCAGGACAGAAGUGGCCCUCGAGGAACAUGGCAUGCUGGAUCUGCCCUAGAGGUGUGAAGUGCGAUCUCCCCCCAACUGGGAACAGGGUUAGUGGUCCACACUGACGAAGUCUCCUUUCCGAAAACUGCCUCAAAACACAGAUGUUACACUUCUGAAAAUAAUCAUGUGAAUUCCCUCAGUAAAUAUGUUUUAACCUUUUUAGCUGACGAAAUGUAGGACUGUGCUCCGAUAUAAUUAAAGACAAUAACGUCAUGGUGCAGCUCCUGUGUGGCGCCCCCGAGUGGUGGGGUAAAUUGGCGGCUUGAUUUUUUUGUGGUCUGUAUUUUGGUCUCCUGGGGGCGUCCCUCCACUGUGUCCUUCUCACAUCGCUAGAAUGCAACCAACCCAGACACUGUGUCAAACUUGGGUCAUUCCCUUGUGAUUUUGUAUUCAUGUAUUAAUUUUGCAUUAUAUAUCUGAAUCAGUAGGAGGACAAUGAAUAAAAUACUGAUAAGUGA